UGUGGUAGGAAAUGUUCUUGAUGGUAAAGUGUUUUCUUUCUUUGUCUAACGUUUAUAGAUUUAAGGAAGUUCUAAAUUCAAGGAGAAGUGUUUUAUUGUUUAUUUUUAAGCGCUGUAGGGAAUCAUUAGUUUUUGAAGAAGUUAAUUGUCUGUUGAUGUUUAUUCGAACUCCUGAUACUAAGGCCGGGGGAGCUGAAGACGAGAUUGUGGCAGAUCCUGAACCAGACAUUCCUUCUAACUCCAAAGACAGAGAUUGCUCGGAUGUUCUCAGUUCGCAAAGAGGCUGCUCGGAUGUUCUCAGCUCACAAAGGGUAUUCAAGAAGUGUUCUCCUAACAACAAGCUGACGUUGUACCUCGGAAGUCGGGAUAUUGUUAUUUCACAGAAAAACGUCGGAAAAAUCCAUGGGGUCGUUAUUGUUGAACCUGAUUUUCUACAAAACCGAAAGAUCUUUGGCCAAGUGACAUUGACAUUCCGCUAUGGGAGGGAGGAUGAGGAGGUGAUGGGUCUGAAGUUCUGCAAUGAAGCCAUCAUGUGUCUAGCUCAGCUCCAUCCUCCCCACGAGCGUGCACAGCAGGAGCCCAAAACCCCCCUCCAGGAAGCUCUGCUAAGGAGACUGGGUCCAAACGCACAUGCCUUUACCAUGGAGGUCAACAGACUCGCUCCUCCCAGUGUUCAACUUGUGCCUGCCAAGGAGUACAGCGGAGCUCCUAUUGGAACCAGUUACGACGUCAGAGCAUACGUGGCUGACCGCGCAGACGAGAAGCUCCACAGACGUAGCACGGUGCGCAUGAGUAUCCGGGUGGUGCAGCAGGUGUGUCCAGACAGACCAUACGACGUGCCGGCGCCACGAGCUGCUGCUGACAAGCCCUUCCUGCUGAGUGACGGACGACUGGUGUUGGAGGCAUCACUAGACAGAGCCAUCUACUGCCACGGCGACACUGUCCUGGUCAACAUCCACCUCACCAAUACCACCAACAAGACUGUCCGUCGGAUAAAGGUUUUCAUCGUGCAGCAUGUGGACGUCUGUAUGUUCUCCAAUGGAAAGUUCAAGAACGUAGUCGCCUUGAUCAACAGCAAGGAGGAGUGUCCACUAGGUCCUGGGACGACUCUCAACAAAACCUACUCACUCAACCCCGCCAAGGGGGCGACCAAAAACUGGAUAGCAUUGGAGGACUCCUACAGCAAGUCCAACGCUUCCCUUGCCUCCACCGUCACCUGCAACUCCCCCGAGGAGAGGAACGUGUUCGCCAUAUAUGUCUCGUACUACGUCAAAGUCAAGUUGCUAGUUGGAGCGAUUGGGGGCGAGUUGUCUUUGAAGCUCCCGUUCACUUUGAUGCAUUCGCAACUGGAUCUGGACUCUACAGGAGGAGUUCCGCUGCCAGAACCUGUGUCACUGACUCCAACAAAAACCUCUGCAAACACAACAACGGACAUAGACGUAAUCCGGGAAUUGUCAGAGGAAAUGGACAUCUGAGGGUUGGACAACUCAAAGCAAACACCAGAAAAAACUCAACCACAUCAAUCAGCGCAGCCACAGCAAACGGAAAAACCACAGCAAGUGGUGCAACCGGCGCAACUACAGCAAACAACGCAGCCGCAGCAAACGAUACAAGCACAACAAACAACACAACCGCAGGUGAACAACAACUCACAACAUGUCAAAAGCGACGACAGAGACUGGAAAAUACAAAGAGUAUUCUGUUGUUUUAAUCUCAAACAGCCAUCAAUGCAGUGACAAAAAAACUCAAACCUGUGUCAGAGAACUCCCGGGUAGUGAACCCUUUGUGGGAACAACUGCAAGAGUAUAUUUUCACAGACGAUUACUAAGUCAAUUAACAUGUAAAAUUUUAGGACCUGUUUCUUUUUUAUACAUGCAUUCAUUUUUCAUUAGCACUGUAUGGGUUAAUUUAGUGAGCCCUUUCAGUGAUAAAAGCACAAUGAAAGUUAAGUGGAAAAUUAAAAUCAUGGAAUACAUAUACAGGAAUACAUGGGAAUACAUAACAUGGAAGUCAGUGACUUGCUUCCAACAUAUAAAACAUUAUAUGAAUAUCUAUACCACAAAUGUUUCUUAUUUCUUUAAAUCUAAAAGAUCUAAAAGGGUGUCUGUAAAUUAAAUGUCUUUAUCGAGCUUCUGCCCCAUCCACGUGAGCUGGUUCAAAUUUGACAUCAGUCCCGUAACAUUUACUUCGUCCACUACUGUUUUACCUGGUUCCCACCCUAUAUGAAAACUAUUAACUGACAUCCAAGAACACAGCGCUAGUCUUAUAUUUUGAACUAGCUUGCUCAAACACAACUGCAGCCCGAUGGAGACCAUAAUUUACGGACAGCCCUAAUAUUAUAGCAUUUAUGGUACAACGUAUUAUUAUAGGUGUGAUUUAAAAAGCCUUCACAUAAAAUGUUUUAUAAAUUCUAAAAUUCUAAAAGUGCAAUGAUCCUUUUCAAUUUUUUUAUCCGAUUCCAUCCAGUUUUGGCCAAGUCCCUAUCACACUAGAGGAAUAAAAAUAUUGGAUUCUACGAACUGUAGAGCCCUGAUAACUGCUCAAAACAAAUUUGAUUGUACUUUUAGCUACAUAUCACUGCACUCACACACCUUGGCUUGUCUGUUGAUAUACCAAUUUGGACAUAAUUUAUUUUUUGACGAUAUAUCAGUCAUAAAUUGUAUAGAUCAGAUUUCCU